UGAUACUGCGAAACUUUAUCUUGGCGUCGAAUCAGUUCAUUGGUUCUAACGAAUGCAUUUCUGAAGAGAACAUAUCGGGACAUGUUUUUUUAAAUAACUAGUUUUAUUUACAUAAACUGUAUUAGGCUUGUACAGUUCAAUCUGUCAGAUAGUGAGUAUGAGAUGCUCUAGACACAGAAUGAUAUGUAAGUAUGUGACACUAGUAGUACUGAGUAUUGUCCAGGUCAAAAAGAUAGAUGCAUCGGGACAGUGCUCGAACCUUCCUCCAGGAAUACAGAAGAUGGUCAUGGGAGUGGACAUCACUCGGCUGGAUCUCGUCCCUCUGGAUGUCGUUGGAAGCUAUGGUUUCGUUGGCCCCAUUCUCCAGUUUACAUGCGACGAGAAUAACACGUGGAAGUCCCCCGAAGGCAUUGUUUAUGAAUUACCUGAUCAGAUCUGGCAUAUGUCUUCAAGACCAGGAGGUUGGCUGUCGGCGAGUGUAAAUCUGUAUAAAUCAUACGAAGAUGUACGAAGCGCGAUGGCAACUGAAGUUGGAGGCGAAGGCGUCAUCUGGAAAUUUGCUUUCUCUGCCAGCAAGACUUACACAAAAAUGCAGAACGCAAUCACUAAUAGCUCGAGGUAUAUCUCAGACGUCGGGGCGUUUGAAUCGGCUACAAGGGCAGACUUUGUGCCGAACUGGGUUCUUACCUUGGACAAAUAUGCACAAAACUUUAUUGACAAAUACUUCAACGAGACAUUUGAGACUGACCCCAAGAGCUAUGACCUGUUCAUUAGCUUAUUUGGAACGCAUUAUUUUAGCAAAGCUAAUUUUGGAGGCUACAUUAGGCUUGUCCUUGAGACAACAACCGAUUAUUUUUAUUCCAGAUCAGACAAUGAAGUGCAGACCUACGCCAGAGCUACUUUGUUCAAUAUUAUCUCAGCUCAUGGGGGAAAAGUAUCAAGCUCACUCAACAUAGACGAACAUUUUACCAACUCAUCUACUCAAACUGUCAGGUAUUAUGGUGGGAAUACUAAUCUAUUAACACAAAAUGGAAUAGAGGAAUGGCAGAACACUGUAGACAACGAUCCUUGGUUGUUUUCUGGGGAAUUAAAACCUAUUAGCAGCUUGAUUACUGACGAAAGGAAAAAAAGCUCGUUGGCUAAAGCUGUUGAAAACUAUGUCCUGCAAACGUAUUUAAGUGAGAUGGAAAGGCUGGUCACGUCAGCCAUGGCAAAGUUCAAGGACUCUAUUCUCAAUAAUCUUCUUACACAAAUUAUACAACUAAAAACCUUAAAAGUUCUGACCUACGGAGACGUGGACACACUCAGUAAUGAUAUUCAAAGCCAGUUGAUGGCGCCUGUUUGGUUCACCACGAAAACUAGACUUUGUUUGAAGUGGUCAGCUCAAGCAGAAGACGGUCAAUGUGGAGGCGGAGCAGACAACGUUUUAUGUGCCACUCCAAACAGUUUGACCCCUCUCUACCAGGAUAACACUGAUAAUAGAAGAGGAGGGUGCUUCAUGCAGUGGGGCCUUCUGUCGAGCGAUUUUCCUUCCUGGUUCCAAGCAGUUCAAGUAUGUUAUCAGUGGAGUGGUUCUGACAGCUGCGGAGGUGGGGCAGCUAAUUUACUCUGUGCUGGGAUCAACGACUUUUCACCUGUGUAUCUUGACGACUCGGAUGAUAGUCCUGGAGGCUGCGCAAUGUCUUGGAAACUGGAAGUUCCAGCUACUGCUCCAGUGUGGAUGAAAUCUGCCAAGAUAUGUUUGGUGUGGUACCCGGAUUACGACGCAGGCCAGUGUGGUCAUGCGUCGUCGAGAGAUCUAUGUGCAGUGGCCAAUCAGUGGACUGAAAACUAUUACGAUCACACCGACGAACGAAGAGGGGGCUGCAGAAUGCGAUGGGGCAUCAAACUAGAGUUUUAGUAUCUUAAGUAAUCAGUAACUUUCAAUGAGAAUUCACGCCCUCAAAAAGUUAAGUACAUGUGUGCGUACAACAGACAAAAAUAAAUUCGAAAAUUAAACUUGUUUUUUUAAAUAUUGAAACAUUAAUAAAAUUGCAUCUUCUUCGUUAA